AUGGCUGCGGCUCUCGCACUUGUGCUGGCCAUGCUGGGCACUGUCCUGCAGCCACUGAGUAUCAGUGACCACAUGGACAUGGGCAGGGUCCUGCAGCCGCUGAAUAUCAGUGACCAUGUGGACGUGGGCACAGUCCUGCAGCUGCUGAGUUUCAGUGACCCCACGGAUGUAGGCAUGGAGCAGCGGAUGCAGCAACACGAGGAGCAGCUGAGUCAUCUGACUGCGCAGGAGCUGGCGACAAUGAUGCAGGAGGCACCGAGCGCACUGUUCAGGAGGGACAUGGUCUUCACCACCUGGGACUCGCGGCAGCUUGGGGCCUUUGCUGGAGGCCUUGUGCUGCUCUUGGGGCUUUUCUGGAUGUCCCCAAGGCAGGACAACGGCUCAGACAAGGGCAGAGGCAAUGAAGAGCAGGAGGCUGUGGGCACUGUGCACUCGCUGUCCCCUGAGCAGCCACUGGACUCCCCACGCAGGCAGGCUCUAGAGAGCUUUUGUGAGCAGCACCUGCAGGGACGCGUGCAGGACGUGGCCCUCACAUGCCAGGCGGUGCAGGAGCUGGUGGACAACCUCCUCCACGCCUGCCACGUGAUCUCCCUGACAACCUUCCUGCCGCGGCUGGAACCGGGCAUCGGCGUGGGCAGCAGCUUUGAAGGCUGGAGCCACGGCGGGGAGGACACCGUGUACAGAGUGCUUGUGCGCCUGAAGCCACCACCCGGGCACUCCUUCCGCCUGCAGCCAGACGCUGACGGGGAGCUGCCGGCGAGGCACGGCCGUGUCCGUGUGAAGCUGAAGUGCAUGUGCAAGAGGGAGCAGCUGCUGGGAGACGUGCUGUGCUUCCGGCAUCACUCCUACGAGCAAGUGCGCAGGCACCAGCGUCCCGAGCUAUUGCAGAUCCUGUGCGCUGAGUCCUACCUGGAUGUGGAGAAAACGGCCCACUGGCUGCAGCUCUUCGUGCGAAACGCCUGGGACGUGAUUGCUGCGCAACAAAACUGCCAGCUGGCAGUGCUGCCUUCCUCCCGUUCCUGCCACCUGCAGCUCACCUACAACUCUGGGAGGACCGUGCACGUGGAGAUGAUGCUGGGAGUGCAGCAAGAUGAGGUGGGGGUCUUCGUGGGCAGCCAGGAGGCAGAGACCGACCUGAGCAACACUACGUGGCUGGAGAGCUGUGCCCUGCACGAGCUGCUCUUCUUCAGAUGCGUGGCCAGGCAGGCCCCUCACGGCAGCUGCCACCUGACAUGUCUGCAGCUCCUCACCUACCUCCUGGGGGACUCCGUGCUUUCCCCUGCCCACCUGAAAACAGUCACCAUGCACCUCCUGACACUGCUGCCCCCAUCAGAGUGGUGCCCACAGCGUCUCCUAGAGCGGCUGAGGGAUAUCCUGCACUACUUGCACCGCUGCCUCGAGGAAAGGCAGCUUCACCACUUCCUCGUAGGCAAUGAGCGCGUGCCCAGGGAGCUCUCGCUGCCAGCUGCCUUCCAAGCAGCCAGCCCAAUCAACCUCUUCCAGCGCCUGGCACGGGAACCCCAGGCCCAGGCGCUGCACGAGCUCACCCAGCUGCAGCAUCGACUGCAGAGCCUCUCACACUGA